AUGGGCCGAGGCCCCGCCUUCCGCUUCCUCUUCUGGAUGCCCCGCCGCCAUCGCUCCGGCCCCCCCCGCGGCCCACACGUGACCAGGGAGAACCCCGCGCUGCUUCCGCCCACCAAUCACAGCGCGCGAUCGCUCCUGGAUUUCGGCGUCCGGGCGCUGUUUAUUCCCAGUUCCCUCCCAGUGCUCCCAGUAAGAGCGGUCCUAGCACGGAAAGCGCUCCCAAUUCCUUCCGGGUUCUCUCAGGAUCGCUUCGAGUGCUCCCAGUAUUGGUUCCAGCACUGUGCAGGGCACGGCCACUUUGGAACCCCCCAGGGCAGAGCACGGCUGCUUUUCAGUGUCGGCACCGACCUGGGCCGGGCUGGGAGCGGAGGAGGGGGAGGAAGGAAAGAGGAGCGGGAAGAACAAGAAGGGGAAAGUCAGGAACAUGAGGAAGAAGAGCUGCAAGAGAAAGAGCAGCAGCAGAACCACUCGGCUCCCCCGCCCGCCCGCUCAGGCUGCAGUUCCCCCAACUCUGGCAGCAUCGCCCUGCCCCCCCGGAACCCACAGGAUUUCCCAUUCCCAAAUCAUGGUCAGAUGGAGGAGGAGGCCGUGAGGAAGAUGGCCCAGAAGCCCUAUGCAGACAAGGAGCUGAGGAUGGAGACCAGGGAGGACAAAUCCCCACAGCUGAACCUUACGGAAAAGGCACUUUAAACCAGCUCCAUGGUGCAGGAAUCCAAGGAGGAGGAAAAGCCCCAGAGAUCCCUCAUGAGGGGUUACAAAUGCAGAUCACGGUGAUCCAAAGCAGAAAGACCCACUCCGGGCCAGGGAGGUGGCCAGAGAUGCUGCUGGAGCUUAGAGCUGAGAGUCCAUGAGCAGCUUCAUGAUGGGGAGAAGCCCCACAAGUGCUCAGAAUGUGGGAAGAGCUUCAGCAAGUGAUCCUACCUGAUCCAACACUGGAGAAUCCACAUGAGGGAACAGCCCUAUGAGUGUGGGGAGUGUGGGAAGGGCUUCAAGACAAGCUCUGACCUGACUGCCCACCAGAUGAGCCACACAAAGCAGAAGCGUGCCGAUUGUGAGGAAUGCAGGAAGACAUUUAAGACUAGCUCCAGUCUCCUCAGGCAUCAGCAGAUUCAGAGGAGAGGCCCUUCCACUGACCCAACAAUGGGAAUGGCUUCAACCAAAACUCCACUGUCGUCACCCACCAGCGCAUAUAUACUAGGACGAGGCCCUACGAGUGUCCCAAAUGUGUGAAGUCCUGUUCCAGAAGCUCUCACUUUACCCUACACCAAUGAAGGCACCACUAAGGGAAGCCCUGCAAAUCAAGUGCAGGAAGAGCUUCAUGUGCUGCUCCAGCUCCAUCCCCCGUGGCAGGAUCUGUGCUGGAUGUUCCUGUGGCCCCCAGUGGGCAGAGCAUUGCUGGUCCAUGGUGCCCGUGAUCUAUGUUAGAAAUACACCUGGCUGGGUGGCUCCACAUCCUCCUGGCUCCCCAUGGGCACCUGGACAUAUCCACAGAUCAACAUCAGAAAUCCAUUGUGAAGAGCACGUUUGUCGACUUCUGACCCGAGAAAAAUCUCACUCUUUGCAUCUUCUGGUGGUAUCAAGCAACACUGAAUGGCCUUGGAGGUCUUCUCCAAUAGAAAUCCAUCAUUUUAAUCCUUUCUGGCUCAUGGGCAUCUUCCACAGCCAAAUGGGAACAUAUUGGGGCAAGCCCCACAAUUUUGGAG